AUGGCUUCCCGAGGACCCUCAGGCCCGCGCGGCGGUAACAACCGCUUUGCGCAGUUCAAGCUGGUGCUUCUGGGUAUGUCGAGCGACAUUAGUUCUAUAGUCCUGCGUUUUGUCAAGGACCAAUUCGACUCGUUCCGCGAAUCCACGAUCGGCGCCGCUUUCUUGACGCAAACGAUUUCUCUUGACGAGACCACGACUGUCAAGUUCGAGAUUUGGGAUACUGCUGGCCAGGAGCGCUACAAAUCACUGGCGCCCAUGUACUAUCGCAACGCCAACUGCGCAGUGGUCGUGUAUGAUAUCACGCAAGCGGCAUCACUAGACAAGGCCAAGGCCUGGGUUAAAGAGCUUCAACGUCAAGCCAACGAGAACAUUAUCAUUGCUCUGGCAGGCAACAAGCUCGAUCUCGUGAACGAGCAGCCUGACAAGCGAGCCAUUCCCACUGCUGACGCCGAGGCUUACGCCAGGGAAGCUGGCCUCCUAUUCUUCGAGACUUCGGCAAAGACGGCCGAGAAUGUCCGCGAGUUGUUCACAGCCAUUGCCAAGAAGCUGCCGCUUGACCAAGCUGGCCCCCGACAUGCGCGACCAGGACAACGACCCGGCGUGAGCCUCCAGCCCGAGAGCGGCAACACCAACACUGGCGGAUGCGCACCUGACAACGCAUGGUCUGUUGCGAUCGGACUGGACAUAGACCGGCAGUCACGCAGACUUGGCCCACAUCAUGUUAUUACCCUGAGAGACCAAGCAUGUCGUAUAUUCAUUUGGAGUCUUGGUGGUUUUGUCUGGCAGCUACUCCCGUGCUCGCCCGAUCACAGCUACAACACCCAGAGACAAGCACCUGCGCCGCGGGUCAUUGUGCACUAUCCAAUGUUGCGAUCAUCGCUGCGCUCGGCCAGAGUGCUCAAUGGCAAGCCUGGUGUGGCUGCCGCUGGGCGCCAAUGGUCAUUUGCAGCCACGCGACAGGCUUCGCUUCUAAGCAAGCGAGGCUACGCAGAUCAGAAGAAGUCCGCGGACGCGUCUGUGCAGCCCAUCAUCCCCCCUACCGAAACGAAGAGCUCCGAGCGCGCCCCGAACACGACCUUGGGUGGUGUUGGCGAGUCGAAAGCUGCUCCUGCGAGCAAUGAGAUUCCGUUGACUCCUCCGAACCCUACGACCAGCAAGGACAAGCGACCUACGCCUCCUGCCUCGAUCGACGAUUCGAAGAAGCCCGAACCCACCGCGACAAUUGACGACGUUGGCGAGUCCCACGUCCAGCAAAGCCAGGUGACCCCUCCGCCUCCCUCACCGCCCAAGAAGAAAGGGCUGGUCCGGAGGUUGAGGAACUUUGUCUUCACUCUGAUGGUACUCGGUGCCGUGGGAUUCGGCGGCGGUGUUUGGUACUCCCGUGUCAACGACACCUUCCACGACUUCUUCACCGAGUACGUUCCCUUUGGUGAACAGGCGGUGCUCUACCUCGAGGAAGCCGACUUCAAGAAGCGCUUCCCCCACAGCCAGCCUUCCAGGCCCCGCGAGACCGGCGAGCACGUACGGAUCCCUGCCCAGAGCGGCGCCUCAUGGAGAGUCGCGGAUACUACCGAGCCAAGUGCACGCCAAUCGAGCGCCUCGCCUUCAGGCCAGAAGUCCGCGCCCAAGCCCCCUGCGGAAACGGCUGCGAAGACCGAGCAGCCUGGAGCCACUGCAGCCAAAAGUCCUGAAAAUGCUGUGCCUACAUCCGAUCACAAGUCCAAGGCUGAUCAGUCCGAUGUGGCUCCACCUGCCUCCAAGUCAACCUCUGAAGCGAACUCAGCCGGCUUCAAGGCUCCUGAGGUGAACGAGCCUUCCAAGAUGCCCCCUCUGGAGCCCAUCGACCUUCUCAAGCUGGCGGAUGCCCGUGAACCUGUUGUUCAGGACCUUGUCCACAUGCUCAACGACUUGAUCCUCGUCAUCAAUGCCGAUGGCGCCCACGGGAAAUAUGGCAGCACCAUUGAGAAGGCCAAGAACGAUGUCCAGAAGAUUGGCGGCAAGCUCCGGCAGAUGAAGGCCAAGGUGGAGCAAGACUCCGCCAAGGAGGUUCGCGACAAGGUCAGCGAGUUUGACAAGGCUGCUACUGAGCUUGUGUCGCGCGUCGAGCAGGCCAUGAUCAGCCAGGAGAUGGAAUGGCGCAACGAGUUUGAGCAAGAGAUGAAGGAUGUUCGCCAGAGCUACGAGGACCGCGUCCAGCUCCUCUUGGAGCGUGAGCGCAAGGUCAACGAGGAGAAGUUGCAGAACCAGCUCCUUCAGCAGGCCGUGGCUUUGAAGAAGGAGUUUGUCGAUGAGGUCAAGGACCGCGUCGAGAAGGAGCGCGAGGGCCGGCUGGGCAAGCUUACUGAGCUGUCCCAGGCUGUCUCUGAUCUGGAGAAGUUGAGCCUGGGAUGGAACGAUGUUGUCGACACGAACCUCAAGACACAGCAGCUUCACGUUGCUGUGGAAGCUGUCCGCGCCAAGCUGGAUAACGCUUCGCACCCUUCGCCCUUUAUCAAGGAACUCGUCGCUCUGAAGGAGAUUGCCAACGACAACCCUGCCGUCAAUGCCGCCAUUGCCUCUGUCAACCCCGCUUCCUACCAGCGCGGCGUGUUCACCACUUCGCAGCUGAUUGAUCGUUUCCGGCGCGUCGCUAGCGAGGUUCGCAAGGCUUCGCUACUCCCCAGUGAUGCAGGCGUCGCAAGCCACGCCUCGAGCUGGGUCCUCAGCCACGUCAUGUUCAAGAAGGAGGGUCUGGCUGAGGGGAAUGACGUGGAGAGUAUCCUCACCCGCACACAGACAUUCCUUGAGGAGGGUGAUCUGGACAGCGCGGCACGUGAGAUGAACGGUCUGGACGGAUGGGCCAAGACCUUGAGUAAGGACUGGAUGGGAGAGGUGCGCAAGGUCCUAGAGGUCCAACAAGCACUUGAGGUUAUUGCCACCGAGGCUCGGCUGCAGAGCUUGAGGGUAGAAUAG